GCCCUUUCUUUGUCUCCGACUCAGACUUUCGACAUCGAUAGCUGUUACCUUUUUUAUUUUAAUUUAUUUCUCCUGUAUUGUUGAGGAUAUAUUUAUACAUAUAUCCAAAAUUUUUUGAUAUUGAAUGACAGUCGACUCUGAAAUAUUUAUGCCUAAAAGUAAAGCGCCAAAAAUGGAUGACCUGGACUACAUCCCUGUAGACCUGAGCCCAGAGGAGCGUUCUGAGCUGGAGGACAUCCGCAGGAGAAAGGGCAUCCUUUUGCAGGAGAUCCAGAGGCUCAGAGAGGAAUUAAGAGAGGCCAUUUUAGAAGUAGAGGGAUUGGAAACCAGCACAGAGGGAAGUAAAACACUCCAGAAAAGUAGGCAUGUUGCAAUGGGGAGGAAGAAAUUCAACAUGGACCCUAAAAAGGGUAUCACUUUUCUAGUGGAGAACGAACUGCUCAGACAUACAUCAGAGGACAUUGCUCAGUUCCUUUACAAAGGAGAAGGUCUCAACAAGACGGCUAUUGGAGAUUACCUCGGAGAAAGGGAUGACUUCAACAUCAAAGUUCUUCAGGCUUUUGUUGACCUCCAUGAGUUUACUGAUCUCAACCUGGUACAGGCCCUGAGACAAUUCCUGUGGAGUUUCCGUUUGCCUGGUGAAGCGCAGAAGAUUGACAGAAUGAUGGAGGCAUUUGCUCAGAGAUACUGCCACUGCAACCCCGGCGUCUUCCAGAGCACUGACACAUGUUAUGUGCUGUCAUUUGCCAUCAUUAUGCUGAACACCAGCCUCCAUAACCCCAAUGUGAGGGACAAACCUGGAGUUGACCGGUUCAUCUCCAUGAACAGGGGCAUCAACGAGGGGGGAGACCUACCUGAGGAGCUCCUUAGAAAUCUUUAUGAAAGCAUUAAGAAUGAGCCCUUUAAAAUCCCAGAAGAUGAUGGCAAUGACUUGACGCACACCUUCUUCAACCCUGACAGAGAAGGCUGGCUUCUCAAACUUGGGGGGCGAGUGAAAACUUGGAAACGUCGAUGGUUCAUUCUUACAGACAACUGCCUGUAUUACUUUGAAUAUACCACAGAUAAAGAACCACGAGGCAUAAUUCCACUGGAGAAUCUUAGCAUCCGUGAGGUAGAAGACCCCAGGAAGCCGAACUGCUUUGAGCUGUACAUCCCCAAUAACCGUGGGCAGCUGAUAAAGGCAUGUAAGACAGAGGCUGACGGGAGAGUAGUGGAAGGAAACCACAUGGUCUACCGUAUCUCUGCCCCCACACCUGAGGAGAAGGAUGAAUGGAUUCACAGCAUUAAAUCUGCCGUCAGUGUGGAUCCCUUCUACGAAAUGCUUGCUGCAAGGAAGAAACGUAUAUCGCUGAAGAAAAAGGAGGAGCAACCAUAAAGGUUUCCCUUCAUUUAUCUUUCCCUGUCUUCCUUUGAUGUCCUCAUCUCUCCUUCCAACACAGACUUGGUUUUCUCCCAACUUCUGCCUACAUGUGCGUAAGAUUUGUUCCCCAUCUCCUGUUUUCAGCACACCCUCUUCCCGCUGUGAGGACUCUUUGCUGUCCUGUCUGUAAGACGUUUGAAAGCCACAUUCAGAGUGAAGAACGCGCACACUCUGGCUGCCUUUUCACUUGGUUUUUACACUGCGCUGUGAUAUUUCACCCGACACACUAAAGCCAGAGUGCCCCCUUGUCCCAGCUUCAUACUACAAAACAAGUGAACUGUAAAAAUCUUCAGCUUUAUUCCCAGUAAUACAGGUCACUUUGCAAACACGUUUCCCCUCCCCUCACUGACACUAAAGCCUGGACUUUUUUUUUUGUAAACACCGCAGUUCUUGUGAAUUUAGGGAUCUAAUUAUUGUUGUUGCACUUUUUCCAAUGCGCUUGCUCUUGAAAGCACAAACAGAAAGUUGCUCGGCAGAACCGGCAUAACGCUGCUGGAAAAGCAGCUUGUGCAUGCCUUAUGAAGAUGUUUGGUUCAUGUAUUUUUCAUUUACAUGUGUAGAGUAGACUUUUGUAAAAUGAUCUGGUAACUGUGGUGUGAACAGAAAACCUUUGGGGGGAAAAACAUCUGCAAUAGUGUGAAUAUGACCUUUUCGGCGGUAGCAAAGCCUACACAUUUAUAUUUUUGAUGUUCAAUAAGAAGUUGCCUUUUGUCAUCAUCCUUAGCCCAGAUAAAAUGUGAAGUCAAGCAGUAAGAUUAAAUUGGUUUUCAGGGAGGUUUAAGCAAUCAGUUGAAGUCAGAAUGUUGAAACAAAAAGGCAAUUAAUUGACACUGGAUUGUGUUCACUUCUUCAUAGUAUCAUAGUUUUUAACAGAGAUAAAAGUUCACGUAAUCAGUGUUGGGUAGAAAACUGUAGCACCAGUCUGGGGGCUUGUUAUAACGCGGUACUGAGCAAACAAAUGGUUUUCUUCUUCUCUUAACUCGAGCAUUAUUCAGUGAACACUGGUAGGAGUAAUAACUGUCAGACAUUAAACUGUUAGGGUGAGUUUUAGAAAUCAUAAAGGCAGCUCAUUACAAUGUGUACUUUUCUGUAAAUACAUUAGUAUUUGUUUACAAUAUGCAUAGAAAAUAUUAUUUAUUCUUUCUUUUGUUGAAUCAGAUUUUUGUACAAACUACUGUAGGCCUGCAUGUUGCUAACCAAUGCAUCUCUGAUCAUGUUAGUGCACUGAUUUGAAGUAUUAUUAAUUCCUGUUGAUUUGAGGAUAAUCAGCAGUUUGAGAAUUCAACUAUUAAUGUUGAAGUUGAAUUGUGCACAAACUAAAUCAUCUUUAGUUAUUUUGACUUUUGAAAAUUAGAUGUUUCAGUUGUUUUGCUCUGGCUUCAUUGUUUUUUCCAGAUUCAGAAAAGUAGAAGCAGCAAACAUUUGUUGCUUCCUUAUUUAAACUUGAAAGCUUGAGGAACCUUUUUAUUUUAUGAAAUGGGGGAAGAAAUCAGUUGUACUGCAGAUAAAUAGCUAAUGUUUUGUUUUCAUGAAGCGAUAACACAGAGAACACUAAAUUCAGUUGUGUAAACCUUUUUCAAAUCUAAUGAAUCAGUAACUAUUUUCUUGCUAAAAAGACUGCUUUGCUUUACAUGUAACUCGAUAAGCUAGUUUGACUAGUUUUUAGAUUGUAGUAGGAAUAACAUCACUAUAACUGUCUACUGCACUUUACGCAUUUUGUUGUUCUGAAGAAAAUGCUGUUAUUUUGACUGACAGUACUCGCGCUCUGUAGCGUCGAUGAUCACACACUGUAAAAAGCUGAAGGAGGUGCUGUGAUCUGCGUACAGAUAUAAUGCCGCCACCUGGUCAGGUUCAGCUGUAGCGGAAGCCAUUUGGUAUUCUGACCCACAUAUGGAGCUUUAUUUGUUCACCUCGUGCACAUCAUUUUGUCUUACUGAUCACAAACGGUACAUUUAACGCUGCAGUAAGACUGGAACUUAAAGAUGCAGAUUUAGGGUACAAAAACAUUAAACUGACAAAUGCCUCACUUUAUAUUUGUAAUCAGUGCUUCUUCACAUCAGAUGUUAUGACUGUUUGUGGGUCUUUGCUUUCGGGAUAUUUUUGAAGUGCAAAGUUGCCAAAUUCAUAUGGGGGCAUCAAAUGUUUUCAUUUAACAAACACUGAAAUGAUCAAGUUUGAGCCAAAAAAUAUGGUUUCUGUGAUCCUGAGAGACGGCAAGCUGUAGUACAACCUUUUUAAGAAAAUGUUUAUUUUGUAUUUAUUUAUUUUUAUUGACUGUGAGGUGAAGAUGGGUAGAUCAUCUGUAAAUGUAGCAAAAGGAAAAACAUGAUACACACUGCUGCCAGUAAUCUACUGUGUAAUAAUAAAAGAUAAAUGGA